AUGUUUUUUUACCAUCGAAAAAAAAGGGCGUUCCAUCAUCGGUUUCCUGCGGAUUUUCCCAUCAUCGCAGCUGGUUUUUCCGCUUUUCGCCAACCAGGAAGUGACGGGCCAUCCCCUGGAGAGGUCGUUGAGGUGCUGGGCCAGCAAGAUCUUGAAUCCUACCCGCGGCUUCAACGUCCCUUCAUUGACAGGAUUUGGCUCACGGCCAAAGCGGGCAACGGUGGAGAGCCCUUGCCCAAUGCCUUGAGACGGCCUCAUUUGCCCAAAGGUCCCGGAUAUGGAGGACACGGUGGAUCUGUGGUGCUCAAAGCCACAUCGCAGAUCGAAAGCUUCCUCGAUGUCCCUGAGAAGCUCCGGGCGGAGCAUGGCGGCGAUGGCCACGACACCAAGCGCGGCAAACACGGGGAGGACUAUGUGCUCCAGGUUCCCAUUGGCACCAUCGUUCGCGAGCGAGUUUUCAGUGGGGAACGAACACAGGAAGGCCGCCGCAUUUUCCUGCCACAGUUUAGGUAUCAGUUUCUUAGACAUCACGACACCUUCAUAGUGGCGCGCGGUGGCAUUGGUGGCGUUGGGCCCAAAUCCUUCAAGAAAGGUGACAGUCGCAGGGGUACUCCUGGGCAGAGGACGCGCUUGGAACUUGAGUUAAGGGUCCUGAACGACGUGGCGUUGAUUGGAAUGCCCAAUGCUGGGAAGACCUCCUUGUUGGCGGCCAUGAGCCGAGCGCACACGCGAAUUGGACCAGAGGAGUUCAGCACCACCAGGCCUCACGUGGGCGUGAUUCGUUUCAGAGAUCGUGUGGAAGUCUCCAUUUGCGACCUGCCUGGUUUGAAGCGAGGGGCCCACGACGACAAGCUGAUGGGACGUCGAAUUCUGCGUCACACCUACCGCUCGCGAGCUCUGGCUUUCGUGGUGAACGUUGCCAGGGGAGAGAGAUCUGAGGAAGACGUUCUUGAAGAGGUGGAGAUGCUUCGCCAGGAAGCGCUGGAGUUCGAUCCUUUGAAUCGCGAAAAGCCUUGGAUGGUCAUUGGAACAAAGUGUGACAUGCUUCACCGUGAUCCUUUGUUUCACUUGGAUUCCCUCUUUUACCGUCUUCGCGCUCGCUACGACGACGACAUCCCCGUGGUGGGCACGUCAUCACGCUUUGGGCUGGGUCUCAAUCGCUGUGUCAGGACCUUGCGACAGUUGGUCUAUCCCGACAUGUUGGAGCCUCGCUACCGGCUGGGCGCUGAUCCUAUCUUGAGGUUUCCGCCCAAGGUUCUCCACGGGCCCUACACCGGGCCCAUUCCAUCGCUGGGCGAGUACCAGCCGCACCCACCACCUCCGGCACCAGCUGCCAUAGUGGGGUCGCAGCCAAAGGCUGCCCCCAGCUGCCCCUUGUUUCAAUCCCCGAUGUCGACGGAAGAUCAAGCCUUGGUCGCCAUUGCGAAGUUCCUGAAAGGUGACCUGGAGAAAUGGUUGCGAUGCGAUGAGACAAGGGCACGUCUCGACGUGGUCGGCAAUGAGACCAGUGACGUUCAACAUCGUUCAGAAAUGAAACAGCAAGUCCGACAAAACGAACCCCUGCAGACAGGCAAGCUAGCGCUAACAAGAGCGCGGCAAACAGCAAAGCGUUGGCCGUAUCGACCUGUCGCAGCUCAGCAUUCGUCAGACCAUCAACGCACCAUGGCGCACCAGCAUGACGCACCACCCUUGAGCCAGCAGAACUGCCCAUGUCAGUGGAAAUCCUUGCGCUGCUUGCAGUCCAUGUCUCACCUGGAGGAUAAAGAUGGGCCAGCACCACUGUAUGAGGACGAACUGUUUUGGCAGAGGCCAAAGAAAGACCAGAAGGAACCGACGCAAGAGCAAGCCAUUCUGAAACACAAGCUUCGAAGUGCAAACAGCAUUGGAGGUUCUGGCCUGCCUGAACCGGCACGGUUGGUACACAAUGCCAGGGGCAAAGGCGAACCGGGGCUGGCCGUGCGCUUGCAGGAACUCGGCAACAAGCUAUUGAGCCUGGCUGAUGCCGCCGAACGUUCCAGCCGUCGCUCGGAGCGCGAGCCCGAGCCCGGCGACCGUUCCACUGGUGCCUGGACGGAUCAGCUGCUGCGUCGCUUCGCAGAUCAGGCCUUAAAGCAAGAAGCCCAUUUGCAGGAGGCUAUGUCGCAGAGACUGGCUCCUGGGACGCAAUGGCCUCGAAUCAAGAAAUCCUUGGCCACCAGUCUCCGCAGCGCUUCCGUCACCUCCACCGUGACGGGAGGCGCCAGCACCCCGGACGUUGCCUCAGGGGUUCCCAGCACAGCAGUGACACCCACGGCCACACCGCUACCGUUGGAGCCAUCGCCACAUUAUGAUGUCAACUACGACCCAGAUAUUCCUGAAGAGUACCGUGAUGAAUCUUGGCAUCAGGGGGUCUUUGAGAGAGAUGAUGGUAGUGGGACUGAAAAUCUGCUGUUAUUGCUGAUGAUGAUCGUUCUGCUGGUGGUUGACCUGGACCCUGGCUACCGAAUUCGUCACGUCACCGAGCAAGAACUCAUGGAGGAGAUCCGCGAGAAGUACGAGCGCGCCCUGGCGAUGUCCCCGGAGUUGAUGCCCUGGGCUCAAGGGUUGAUCUCCAAGGAGGAUGCGGUGGCACCAGACGAUGAUGAGUUGUUAGGAGCUCCGAAGACGGAUAGCCUUGAUGAGUUGACGGGCGGCCAGAAUGCCCAGACCAACUCGCCACAGCUAUUGGUGGUUUCAAGGAGAUGCCCAGAUUUCUUGGGAAUCCCCUGGGUAGUCCCCAGUCGCAGGCAUGGUGUGUCACCUGUGCAUGAUGGACCUGCUGAGGUACCACCAACCUCGGUUCCGACCUUCGGAGCUCAGGUGUGGUGGGUGAUUUGCGACAGCGUGGCCGGGGCGGCCAUGGCCAUGUUUCCGGGCGCAGAUGCGCCAGCGCAACCUGACGUGGCGGAUGCAGCGCCCAAGGCACUUUGCUGUGCCAAGAAGGAGCGCAAGGACGAUGGACGGCCUGUGAUGCGCUAUCCCGAAUCUGGAGACGGUUUUUACCCUGUGGAUUUGGAUGGCGUUGUCUAUGACUCCUUCAACCUCAGGAUCAUCCAUGAGCGCGACCGGACGGGCUUUGAAGAGACCAAAGACUUCCCAAUCCGCGCGAACAGCAUCGUGGCUGGUCGCUACCAGGUCUUGGAAUACCUGGGCUCUGCAGCGUUCUCGCGAGCGGUGCAGUGUUUAGACUUGGAGACGAACAGGAUGGUGUGUAUGAAGAUCAUCAACAACAAUAAGGACUUCUUUGAUCAAUCCUUGGAUGAGAUCAAACUCUUGCGGCUCAUUCGCUUCAAUACGGAAAGUGUGGAUGACAAGAACUGCUUGGGGCUGGUUGACUACUUCUACCACAAAGAGCACUUGAUCAUCGUGACAGAGUUGCUGAGGGACAACCUCUACGAGUUUUCCAAGUACAACCGUCAGGCAUGUGAAGAGCCAUACUUCACUUUAGGGCGUCUACAAAGGAUCGCCCAUCAAGUCUUGGUGGCCCUGGAGUUACCUGGGGGGAUGGGCUUGCAGCACCUUUCAGUCGCAAGCAUGUCCUUUGUUUUCGCCAUGCCACGGUGGCUAUGUCUGCUGUCUUUGCUCCUUGGUGUUCGCAGCAACACCCCGGAAGUGACGACACCCAUAGGGCAGCUGAGGGGCAGCAGCGAUGGCCGGGACGGGGAGGUCCACGUCUUCCUGGGCAUUCCAUACGCUGAAGCACCGGUGGGGGACUUACGCUGGCGACCCCCAAGAAGAGUCAAGCCAUGGAAGGGACUACGUGAGGCUUCCAGCUUUGGCAAUCAGUGCAAGAAUCACUGCAUGUCUGGUUCCCAUCUUGACUUUUCGACCAAGGGAGGCGAUGAAGAUUGCCUCUACUUGAAUGUGUAUGCACCAAAGGAGGCCCACAACACUUCUCAGCUGCCCUGCCUAGUUUUUCUGCAUGGCGGAUGUAACGAAUUUGGCGCCGGCCAUGAAUAUAAUGGCUCCAACUUGGUCAGUUUUUGGAGAUCCCAACGCAGCCCCGCCCUGCUGAUCACUGUGAACUACCGGCUGAAUAUCUUCGGCUUCCUGGGUAGUGACCAGCUAAGAGAUCGUGACGAAACAGAUCGAUCCACUGGGAACUACGGAUUCCAGGAUCAGCGCAUGGCACUGCAUUGGGUCCAGGAGAACAUUGGAGCCUUUGGUGGAGAUCCACAAAAGGUGAUGCUCUUUGGACAGUCCUCAGGUGCCGCCAGUGUUGGUCUGCAUUUGGUGACGCCCAGCUCCUAUGGCCUUUAUUCCAGCGCCAUCAUGAUGUCAGGAGGCUUCGGCCCUUGGUCCGUACAACACAUGGUGCGCAAAGAGCUGUGGUUCGAGCGGCUCAUGAAUCAGACGCAUUGCCGCGAUGUAGACUGCCUCGUAAGUCUUUCUGCAGAUGAGCUUCUGUCAGCUUACAUGGCAAUUCCAGACGGCAGGUGUUGUAGAAAGGCCAAAGGAUUGGGCUCAUAUCCUGAGAUCCCAUGGGCUGCUAGCAUUGAUGGGGUGGAGCUCUCAGCUCAUCCCUGGGACCUGCUGAAAAAAGGGCAGGUGAACCAAGUUCCAAUUCUUAUCGGCAGUACCCAGGAGGAUGGUGAAUUUUUCACGACUGUUGCCAAAAACCUGAGCAACAAAGACUUUCAGACUUUAUUCCAGGCCAAAUAUCAGUCUUCGCAAGCGCAAGCGGAGCUGUACAGCUUGGAAUCCCUUGAAUCACCGGCGGCUCCCAGUGAGGGCUCCAGCCCCAGUGAGGGUUGGUGGUCUGCGCUUCGUGUUAUGACAGACAAGCACUACUAUUGCCCUGGCCAUUUCUGCCGCCGGAGCCUUGUGACUGGCCCAGCUCCAACUGCUCAUGGCGUCUUCGGCUACGUCUUUGCACAUAGUGCCACUGGCACUGCCAAACACUCGGACGACUUGCCAUUUGUCUUCAUGGACUUGCCGGAAGAAGCAUCUUCCGAAGAACAGCAGUUGGCUUCAGAGAUGGCCAUGUUUUGGUAUCACUUCGCUGCUUGGGGGCGUCCUGCAGGCUCAGAUGUGUGGCCAGCACAGUCAGCAGAGGCAGCUCCAAUGUUGAAGUUUCAGGUUGCAUCAAAGGGUGGCAAUCAGGUGAUCUAUGAUGCCCGCGAUCGGCAGUGUGCUUUCAUCAUCGAAUGGCUAAACCACAGCCUUCGAAACAUGUCCGAAGCUGGGACAACUUCGACGUGUGAUAAUAGAGUAGACACUUGUGCUGGGUGAUGUAGGUUUGGGCAAGCUGAGCCUGGAUGUUGCCAGACUUUCGCAGAUCUUCUUGCAUAUACGAUCGUAUGCGUUAUUUGAUUUGAUUUUGCUUACUCUAACAACCCGCAGUUCAAUGAAAUAGGCAGGCUCGGCAGUUGCGGAUCGCGAAGAUGGCACACAGCAUCCAGCAAACGGAGACAAAUCGAUUAUGACAACGUGGAAGAGUGGCGGGAAA